GGCCACUGUCCGUUUCCGCUUCCUCUGUCGCCGAUUGUCGACAAUGGAUGAGCUUUUCGAUGUCUUUGAGGACCAGCCCCAGGCGCCCCGGCCCUCUGAGGGAGCUCCCAAAAAGGCUAAGAAAGACAAGAGCAAGAAGCGGCAGGUCAAUGGCGAUGUGAAGGGAAAUCGCGACAUGAAGGAAAACGGCACCGCGCCGGAUACGAACGAGGAUGUCGACCUUCCUGAUGCGCCCGCCAUUGAGCCUGAGAUCAAGAAGGACGAGGGAAGCCCCGUCGCAGACAGCAGCGAACAACCGGAUACGAAACGCCCCCGUCUGGAGAAGGAAGAAGAGCCGGUGGUAGCAGACUCGUUUGAGACGGAGCAGUUGCGUGAAAUCGCGGGGUCUGCUGGCCUUCAGGGGGCCAAUGACUCCACGUCUGUCAAGCUGUCCCAUCAAGUCCGCCACCAGGUCGCCUUACCACCGAACUACAAAUACGUGCCCAUAUCCGAACACAAGCCGCCGGAGACGCCCGCAAGAACAUGGCCGUUCACUCUGGAUCCGUUCCAGCAGGUUGCGAUCGCAUCGAUCCAAAGAGAAGAAAGUGUCCUUGUUUCGGCCCAUACCAGUGCAGGAAAAACGGUGGUCGCCGAGUACGCCAUUGCGCAGUGCUUGAAGAACAAUCAGAGAGUCAUCUAUACGAGUCCGAUCAAGGCCCUGAGUAACCAGAAGUACCGAGAGUUUGCUGAAGAGUUUGGAGAUGCGGGUUUGAUGACUGGAGAUGUUACUAUCAACCCAACCGCCACCUGCUUGGUCAUGACAACUGAGAUUCUGCGAUCCAUGCUGUACCGCGGCUCUGAGAUCAUGCGCGAAGUUGCGUGGGUCGUUUUCGACGAAAUUCACUACAUGCGCGAUGCGAUCAGAGGUGUUGUUUGGGAAGAAACCAUCAUCUUGUUGCCUGAUAAGGUUCGCUACGUCUUCUUGUCCGCGACUAUCCCCAAUGCUAUGCAAUUCGCCAAUUGGGUAACGAAAAUGCACCAUCAACCCUGCCACGUUGUGUACACCGAUUUCCGGCCGACUCCACUGCAACAUUACUUCUUCCCUGCCGGGUCCGAGGGAAUGCACUUGGUUGUGGAUGAGAAGGGUCUGUUCCGAGAGGAGAACUUCCAGAAGGCCAUGAGCAGCAUUGCGGACAAGAAGGGAGACGACCCCGCGGAUGCGAUGGCUAAGAGGAAAGGAAAAGGCAAGGACAAGAGAUUGAACAAGGGCGGUACCCAAGACAAGAGCGACAUCUUCAAGAUUGUGAAAAUGGUCAUGCUCAAGAACUUGAACCCUGUCAUCGUCUUCAGUUUCAGCAAGCGCGAAUGCGAGAACUGUGCUCUGCAGAUGAAGAACUUGUCCUUCAACGACGAUUCCGAGAAGGAGAUGGUUCAGAAGGUCUUCGACAGUGCAAUUGAGAUGCUGUCCGAGGAAGACAGACAAUUGCCGCAGAUCCAGAAUAUCCUACCUCUUCUUCGCAGAGGUAUCGGUGUCCAUCACUCUGGACUUUUGCCCAUUCUCAAGGAAACUAUCGAGAUUCUUUUCCAGGAGGGUUUGAUUAAGGUGCUCUUUGCGACUGAAACUUUCUCCAUUGGUCUCAACAUGCCUGCAAGGACUGUGGUUUUCACCAGUGUGCGGAAGUUUGACGGCUUCAGCCAACGGUGGGUUACGCCCUCGGAGUUCAUUCAGAUGUCUGGUCGUGCCGGUCGAAGAGGUCUCGAUGACCGUGGUAUCGUUAUCAUGAUGGUUGGAGAAGAGAUGGAUCCUGCUGUGGCCAAGGAAAUCGUCCGCGGUGAGCAGGAUCGACUAAAUUCGGCCUUCCACCUGGGCUACAACAUGAUCCUCAACCUCAUGCGCGUGGAAGGCAUCUCGCCCGAGUUCAUGCUCGAGAAGUGCUUCUACCAAUUCCAAAACACCGCCGGCGUCGCUGAACUAGAGAAAGAACUUCUCGACAUGGAAGAGAGGCGUGCCAAUUUGAACAUUCCCGAUGAAGGAACUAUCCGUGAAUACUAUGACCUGCGAAAGCAACUUCGCAGAUUCAACGAGGAUGUGCAAACUGUCAUGAGCCACCCUAACUAUUCUCUGCAAUACCUCACGCCCGGUCGCGUGGUUUCAGUCAAGCACAAGGAUCACGAUUUUGGUUGGGGUAUCGUUGUCAACUGCAAACCACGCAGACUGCCCAAGAACUCGACGGAGGAAUUGAAUGAUCACCAGAAACACGUCGCCGACGUCCUGCUUAACAUUGCUGAAGGCCCUGCUGUUGGCACUAAGUCAUUUGAAGAUAUGCCUGCCGGUGUCCGGCCACCCCAGGAGGGUGACGAAACCCGCAUGGAGGUUGUGCCGCUUGUCCUCAGCUGCAUCCAAAGCAUUUCACACAUCUGCCUCCGCAUUACCAAAGAUUUGAACUCCAAGGAUGCUCGGAAUGGUUUGAAGAAUACGCUGGUUGAAGUGCAACGUCGUUUCCCAGAUGGUGUUCCUCCUCUAGAUCCCAUCGAGAACAUGGGCAUCAAGGACGAGGAAUUCAAGAAAACACUCAGGAAAAUCGAAGUUCUUGAGUCCCGUCUUCUCUCCAACCCCCUGCACAAUUCGCCGCGGUUGCCGGAACUAUACGAUCAAUACUCUGAAAAGGUGGAUCUGGGCACCAAGAUUAAGGAGACGAAGAAAAAGAUCACAGAUGCCAUGGCGAUCAUGCAGCUCGAUGAGCUGAAAUGCCGCAAGCGAGUGCUUCGUCGCUUCGGCUUUAUCAACGAGGCCGAAGUGGUACAGUUGAAGGCGCGAGUGGCGUGUGAAAUCAGCACGGGUGACGAACUGAUGCUCGGCGAGCUCCUCUUUAACGGUUUCUUCAAUAAUCUGACGCCGGAACAAGUGGCAGCCGCCCUGAGCGUCUUCGUCUUCGAGGAGAAGACCAAGGAGACCCCUGCUCUGACACGGGAAGACCUGGCGAAGCCCCUCAGAGAGAUCCAAGCGCAGGCUCGGAUCGUUGCCAAGGUCUCGCAGGAGUCCAAGCUGGCGGUCAACGAAGAUGAAUACGUGCAGAGCUUCCACUGGGAACUGAUGGAGGUCAUCUAUGAAUGGUCGAACGGCAAAUCCUUUGCUGAUAUUUGCAAAAUGACCGACGUCUACGAAGGCAGUCUGAUUCGAGUCUUCCGCCGACUAGAAGAGUGUCUCCGCCAGAUGGCGCAGGCCUCCAAGGUUAUGGGCAGCGAAGAUCUUGAGAGUAAAUUCGAGACGGCCCUGACGAAGGUGCGCAGAGACAUCGUCGCCGCCCAGUCUCUGUACCUGUAAGGUACUCUGCCGUCAUUGGUUUCCUGUAUCUCCUUGGCUCGGUAUUCCCCAUCUUUAUGUGUAGGGUGAUUGCGCGGAUGUCUUCUUGGUGGUCGCAUUUCCUGGCGUCAGGGUUCUAAAAGGAUUUGGCUCUUCUUUUUCUUUCCACUUUUAUCUUGUAAAUGAGGGUGCUUUUUUGUGUGACACCACCAACACUUAUUUCUAGAGACAUAGCUUUGACCAACUC